GUAUUGACCUUUCAAGAGUAAUGGUUCUAAAAUAUUCUAAUCAAGAAACCUCUGUUACUAUUGGAGAGUCUGUUCGUGAUGAAGACGUAUUCAUUAUUCAAUCCGGUUGUGGUGAAAUAAAUGAUAAUAUAAUGGAACUCUUGAUCAUGAUUAAUGCUUGUAAAACUGCAUCUGCAAGAAGAAUAACUGCUGUGAUACCAUGUUUUCCAUAUGCAAGACAAGAUAAAAAAGAUAAAUCACGAGCUCCGAUUUCUGCCAAAUUAAUUGCAAAUAUGAUAACGGUAGCUGGUGCCAACCAUGUAAUAACCAUGGAUUUACAUGCAAGUCAGAUUCAAGGAUUCUUUAAUAUACCAGUAGAUAAUUUGUAUUGUGAACCAUCAAUGUUAAGUUAUAUCAAAAGCAGUAUACCUGAAUGGAAGAAUUCUAUUAUUGUUUCACCAGAUGCUGGCGGUGCAAAAAGGGCGACUUCUAUUGCAGACCGAUUGAACCUUGAUUUUGCAUUGAUUCAUAAGGAACGCAAAAAAGCAAAUGAAGUUUCACGUAUGGUAUUGGUUGGUGAUGUUAGUGGAAAAAUAGCAAUCCUAAUUGAUGACAUGGCAGAUACUUGUGGGACUUUAAAGAUGGCAGCUGAGACACUCAAAGACAAUGGUGCUACUAAAGUCUAUGCAAUUGUAGCUCAUGGAAUUCUUUCAGGAAAGGCUAUUGACGUUGUUAAUGAUUCUUAUCUGGAGAGACUGGUAGUGACAAAUACUAUACCACACGAUGAUAAAAAGAGCAUUUGUACAAAGCUUGACACCAUUGAUGUAUCGUCUACUUUGGCUGAAG